GGACCGGUCCUGCCCAUCCUGAUCUGGUCCGGUCCUGCCCUGCCCUGCUUGGCCCGGCCUGGUCCUGCCCUGCCCUGCCCUGCCCUGCCCUGCCCUGCCUGCCUGGCUGCCCUCCCCAGGGGUCCCGGGCUGGCCUGGCCCUGCCCCUCCUGCCCACCAUGGCCCUCCCGACCUCCCGGAUCCUCGUGGCCUUUGGGCUCCAGCUCUGCGCCCUGGGCAUCGGGCUGCCCGCACAGGGCCUGGCUCUACCAUAUGCUCCAAGAAACGAAGACCAGUGCCAGCAGGAGACGGAAUACUAUGAUCGAGACAGGAAAAUGUGCUGCAGAAAAUGCCCACCAGGCCAGCGGGUGAUCCAGAAGUGCAGCAGCGAAGCCAACACUCUCUGUGAAGCUUGUAAUGACGGCACCUUCACGAAACUCUGGAACCAAGUCCAGCACUGCUUAAGCUGCAACUCUCCUUGCCCGAGAGGCUUGGAGGAGAUUCAGAAGUGCACCAAAGAACACAACCGGAUCUGUGCCUGCCCCUCCGGCAAGUACUGCAAGCUGAAGUUGGGCGAGACCUGCCAACUCUGUAUCUCAUGGCGAAAAUGCAUGAAAGGCUUUGGAACAGUCAAGAAAGGAAGUCAGAAUUCGAAUGUGGAAUGUGCCCCCUGUGAAGCCGGUACAUUUUCAGACCAGGAAUCCUUCACUGAACCUUGCAAGCCUCACAGGACUUGUAAAUCAGUGUCCAUUCCGGGCACCAGCGAAUCGGAUGCUGUCUGCAACGACUCUGUCCCUGACCUGGAUCCUGCUCCUGGCCCUGGGACCACAAUGAGACCCGCGCUCCCCAGCCAUCCUGCCCCCACCGGCUUUAGUGGGGUGGGGUGGACCAUCUGGACCAAACCGGCCCAGAGCACCUCGCCUCCGGUCUUAGAGAAAUUGACUUACUCUCCCAUCGGGGUCUCCUCUGAGGGUCUGGCCCUGCCAGUGGGGUUGAUGCUGGGGCUGACGGUCUUUUUUCUGCUGAUCAUUGGAGCAGGCGCCUGCUUUGCCAUCUCUUGGAGAAAAAAGAAAUUGCUGCCCUGCCUCAUGGGAGAUGCCAAAAUGCCUCACUUGCCUGCUGAGAAGGGCACUGGGCCCAGUCAACACAACGCUCCUAAUCAUGAGCAUGAGCAGCAGCACCUGCUACCCACUGGUAGCAUUAGCAGCAGCUCUUUGAACAGUCAAGCGAGUUCCAUGCCUGGCUCAGACUAUUCCGACUCCAAAGAAGCCACGAAGAACCAGCAGAGGUGUCCGGGACUAGAACAUUCCAAGAUCCCAGAAGGAGUCAAUUUUGGCUCCGUGAACUCAGACCAUCCCCUCGGUGGAGGGACCCACCUGAACGUGACCUGCAUCGUGAAUGUGUGCAGCAGUGAUCACAGCUCCCAGUGUCCUUCGCAGACUUCGGCAGACUAUGAGAAUCCCUCCACUGGCCCACCCUCGGAGGAGGAGAACGUCCCCUUCUCCAAGGAGGAGAGACCCUGGAAACCCAAGACUGAGCCCCCAAACUCCCAGGGGCUGGAGGACUUGCUCCAGGAUUUGGAAGAGAAGCCGCUUCCUCUGGGGGUACCCGAAAGAGGGAUGAAGCUGAGUUAAUGGUGGAGAUGCCUCCUGGUUCCCCAAGCUGAGGAGCUGUUACAUACUAGAGGGUCAUCUCCAAUGUUCCUGAGUUCGGGAGGAGGCAGAAGGAAUUUGCGCAGCACCCCGAUGUGUGUUUUUGUUUAAAGGCUUAGGGAACCUAGGCACUCCCUUUUUCCAGGGGGAUUUUUUUUUUAUUCCUCUCUGAAAUGAUGCCCAGGUUGGGAUCAUUAAAUCUGACUUGAGCCCAGAAGUACUCAUCAUUUUCCGGCAGUCAGGGGCCAGCGUCUUCAUCUGGAAUUUCUUCUCAUUUGGACCCGUUGGAGAGGAAGUUGUUUCUGCAGCCGCCCCCCGGGGUCUGUUGGAGCUGCCACUGGAAGGCAGCCUUCACCUAUGGUGCAGUAGAGGCUGAUACCCCCUGGGGAUAUUUCUGCUGAACCGGCCCUGGACUGUACAAUUCAGCUUUUCCAGAAAUAUCAACAAAAGGACUCUGGUUCUAAAAUCCAAUUAGGUUUUUCCUGCAUCUAGAAAUUAAUCAUUUCACGUGUGUCAUGGAAUUUGCCGGAGCUGGGUAUAGAAUGACCAGCCGGACCAGUUUACUCUGCAGUCUGCUUUUCAGAUGUCAUAUCCCUGGUCCCACAACAUUAUGGAACUGGAUGCUUUUCUAUCCUCCUUUUUAUUUUCUGCUCCAAACCUCCCUCUUUGCGGCUCCUGUUGCCAAAUUCUGUGGCUUGGAUUUGUCACUAAGAGUUUAUAUGGACCCGUGAAUGACCCUGGAGCAAGUUGUGGGGGUGGAGAAGAGGGGGUUUCAAGUAUUCCCCCUCAGACAUGCUCAAGGAUCACGUGAAACUGGCAUCCUAACACCAAGUGGGGCCUAAAAAGCCGCAAACUUCUCCUCAUUGGGCAUUUGUGAGGGCCGUUGGCUAAGGGUCUGGCUGAGUGAUGUCUACUAAAUUCAUCCCAUUUUCCCCUUCCUACCUCAGGUAUUGUUCUGGAGUUCCAAGGUUGGGGGGUGCUGCCAGGUGUGCUGUCUUCCGUUCCCACCCCAAGAAGGGACAAGAAGGUCUACCUGCUUUCCCCAAACUCCGGGGACCAGAAGAAUUGCAGCUGCUUUAAAAAUAGGACUCCAGUGUUCUUACAGAAAGAAGUUAAAGAGGCCUGCUUUAUUUUUGAGUAUUAGGAAAACACAGGUCAUACUAUAUUUUCAUGAAAAACAAAGAAAAACACUUAUUGAGUAAGUGGUCUUAUUUGGAAGGAAGCACUGGAAAGUAGACAUUGUGCCCUGAGUGGGAUUGACUGGACCCCACCAAAGCAUAGGAUCUUCCCACUUCACAGUGGGAAGAGCGGGAAUCAGUUAGUCGAUCGUAUUUAUUGAGCACUUAUUGUGUGCAGAGCACUGUACUAAGCACUUGGGAGAGUACGAUAUAACAAU